AUGUCUGGUAUUUAUUUGCAGAUUGCAGCACAUGCUAAUGAAGCCCUGAGGUGGAUGGAGAUGUACAGGCUGUACCAGCAGCAGGGAGUAGUCCAAAAUCCCUUCAUUCCCUCUGCUAAUUUGCCUGCUGUCUCAGCUGGGGCCACUGUGGAUGCAGCACCAGCCCAGCCUGCUGACGUCCCUCCUCCAGCUCCCGUCCCUGUUGGAGAUGCUUCAGAGGAGGAAACAGAGGAUGGUAACCCUGCCACCAAAGCUGCAGGACGAGCCCCGCUGAACUCUGAUGAGGUAGAGGAGGCCGAGGAGGUGGAUGCAGCUGAGGCCGACCCAGCCAUGGUUGAAGCAGAGCCUUCAGCAGAGCCUUCAGCAAACCCUGCAGCGGUAGAGCCAGCUGUAGUUGACGUCCCCAUAGAUGUUGCUCCAGUUGAUGAUGCUGCUGCUGUGGAUGUACCUCCUGUUGAUGUAGUUCCUGUUGACAGUGCCCCAGCAGCCCCUGAGGUGGCCGUUGAUCCAGCUGCCCCUGCCACGGCCGAUAUACUUGCUGCUGCUGAUGUCCCAGCUGAGGUUGACGCCCGUGCCACUGAUGUCGGUGAGGCUAACAUGACAGGAGGGCCAGCAGAUCCCGCUGCACUGUAAUCUGCCUCUCAUCACCAGCAACAAUACUCCUCUGUUAGCAAAUGGAACAAAAGCUGAAAACAGCUACAGGUGAUGUAGUUAAAAGAGACUAAAAAAAUGUUUUGGGAAAAAAAUUAACACUUUGUAAAGAGAAUAACCAAAAUGUGUUUUCAGACCUAAUCUAAAAAGGGUUUUUUUGUUUGUGGUUUUUCUCUUUUUCUGUAGUUCUGUACUUGAAAGUUUAUUCUUACUCAUCAACACAUUGUAUAAAUGGUUGAGGAUUAU